UCCUAACGUGUAUUUCAGUUUCGAGUGAGUCGUCGUCGUCCUCGUCUCUCUUUUUUCUUUCUCCCAUCACCAAACACGACACACAGACAAACGCACCCGACCAAACAUUAUAUAUAUAUAUAUAUAACAAACAACAACAUUCUUGUUUCUCAUCUGACAUCUAUGCACCCACCACCUUGAUCCUCCUCCACUCUGUUCGUUCGAUUCCUCAUUCCACCGAUGGCGGGUGCACACUCCCACAGACAAUCACACCACCUCCAACAACAACCCUCUUCGCGCCUCCUCUUACUCCUCACCGUCCUCCCCUUGACUCUCGCAACCCUCGCCUUCCUCCUCCAAUGGCGCGGCGGGGUCACCGACCCCGUCACCCGCUGGUCACCCGAUCACGAUCAGUUCCCCGGCAUGGCCACCACCACCACCACCACUCCCUCCCGCCACUCCUCCGAUUGCGGCAAGAACCCUCUCUACCAAUCACACAACCCUUCCUUCCCUUACUUCCGCGACUGGACCUUAGAUUUCUCCUCUAACCUCUCCCCCAAGAUAUGUAUUACGACGAGUACUUCCGCGGGGUUGGAGCAGACGCUGCCGUGGAUCUUCUACCACAAGGUCAUCGGAGUCUCAAGUUUUAUCCUUUUCGUCGAAGGGAAGGCUGCCUCGCCUAAUGUCACUAGGGUUUUAGACACCAUUCCCGGGGUGAAGAUUGUAUAUAGAACAAGGGAGUUAGAGGAGCAGCAAGCUAAAAGCCGAAUAUGGAAUGAGACAUGGUUGGCAACCUUCUUCUACAAACCAUGUAAUUAUGAGUUGUUUGUGAAGCAAUCUUUGAACAUGGAAAUGGCUAUUGUCAUGGCAAGGGAUUCUAGAAUGGAUUGGAUCAUUCAUCUGGACACUGAUGAGCUGAUGCAUCCAGCUGGAACACAAGAGUACUCUUUAAGACAGUUGUUAGCUGAUGUGCCUGGAAAUGUUGAUAUGGUCAUUUUUCCAAAUUAUGAAAGCAGUGUGGAACGAGAUGAUAUCAAGGAGCCUUUCAGUGAGGUUUCAAUGUUCAAGAAGAACUAUGACCAUCUUCCCAAGGAUGUAUAUUUUGGAAAUUACAAAGAAGCAACUCGUGGCAAUCCAAACUAUUUUCUUACUUAUGGAAAUGGGAAAUCAGCAGCUAGAAUUCAGGAUCAUCUCCGUCCUAAUGGUGCCCACAGAUGGCACAACUAUAUGAAGACACCUAAUGAGAUAAAAUUGGAAGAAGCUGCUGUUCUGCAUUACACCUACACCAAAUUUUCUGAUUUGACUUCAAGACGUGAUCGAUGUGGCUGCAAGCCUACAAAAGAAGAUGUUAAAAGAUGCUUCAUGUUGGAUUUUGAUAGAUCUGCAUUCAUAAUUGCUUCAACUGCAACUGAGGAAGAAAUGCUUCAAUGGUAUCGUGAACGCGUUGUGUGGACUGACAAAGCACUCAACAUGAAACUUAUGAGGAGAGGUAUCUUGGCUCGUAUUUAUGCUCCCAUGAUUAUUAUUCAAAGUUUGAAGGAAUCUGGUGUUUUUAGCUCUCUGAUUGCAAAAGCUGCUCAAACGAAGUUAUCAAAAGACAAUUUUCUAAAAUCUGUCAAGAGUAGCAAUUCUACUAGGAAUUCCAUAUCAGAAGUGAUAUCUUCUAGAAAAAUUGAUGCUGGUGGAAUAUCCCAAGCAACUGCAAGAAGAAUUUUGGAAUUUAUAGAUGACUCUCUCCCGUCUGCAAUCCCACCAUUGUCUCCGCCCAGCCUUGAUCAUACUGACCUUAUUAUAUCCUAGUUUUUUGACUGACUCAUUGCCGUCGCCAGAAUUUAUUUUGAAGAUAAUCUGAUUUUUGAAUUGUGGGGAAAAAUUAAACAAGAAAACCAUAGAAGCUCUUCUGGCUGUCCAUGAUGAGCAUUCCAGUUUUUGGAUUCUUAGGGUUUUUCCCGAUCAUUACCCAAGCGCUUAUGUAAAUUUCAGGUAUAGAUCGUAGGCUUAGUGUAGAAAUCAUACAGAGGAGAUUUUGCUAGCAUUUUCAUUGUUCUUUUUAUACCUCUAAUCUGUUCUCUAUUUUUGGAGACAUUUGGGCACAUUGGUUGCCAUUGUAAUGGAAAAUAGUGGCGGAUUGUAUUUUCUUAUACACAUUGAGAGAGACAAUGAUAUACAAGGUGAAGAUUUUCUCCCCAAGUUGGAAGUUGAAAUGGUUCAUGCAAUGAAAAUUUUGUUUUGCCAGUUUUUGCAA